AGCCCAAGGCCGGGUGAUGCCCGUCGGUGUCACCUGUGUGCCCGUCCCGAGGGGCCGGGAGCGGCUCCGUUUGCAGUUCGAUGGCGAGAUGGAGAUGCCCAGGCAGAGGUGGGCACGUGCAGGUAGCCCAGGGGCUGGCUCACAGCACUUGGCACCACGGCCCCGAGCCCGCGGCCGUGCCAGGCGCUGGGCUGGGCAUUGGCCUCCUCCAGCCUGGCCCUGGGGCUCUCGGGGCCAGAACCAGCCCUCGCUGGGGCAGGGGCUGCAGGACGGGCAGUGGGAGUGACCCCGGGGCUCCCCAUGGCAGAACCAGUCCCUGCCAGGACAGGGGCUGUGGGAUGGGCAGUGGGACCGGGCGCUGCAGGGGAAGGGCAGGCAGUGCCCACCCAACAAGGUUGCCCACUCUGGCCCUGCCAGGCACCUGCAGCAGGAGCAGCCCCAGCCAAUGCCUUGUCUCUCCCUUCCCCUCACAGCAUGACCGAGAAGGAAGUGCCAGAGCCAGCGGCUUCACCGGCUUCAGGUGGGAAACCCAAGAGCCGGCAGCUGCAGAAGCUGAAGCAACUUUUCCAGCGAAAGCCGAAGGAGGAGCCGGAGCCGGUGCCGGAGCCGCAGCCCAACGGGGAGCUGGUCAGCCCCUCGGGGGGCCCCAUCUACUACAUCUAUGAGGAUGAGGAAGAGGAGGAAGAGGAGGAGGAGCCCGAGCCCCCUCCUGAGCCCGAGAAACUCGUCAAUGACAAACCCCACAAGUUCAAAGAUCAUUACUUCAAAAAACCCAAGUUCUGCGAUGUUUGUGCCCGGAUGAUCGUCCUCAACAACAAAUUUGGCCUGAGGUGCAAGAACUGCAAAACCAACAUCCACCACCACUGCCAGUCCUACGUGGAGAUGCAGCGCUGCUUCGGCAAGAUCCCCCCCGGGUUCCGCCGGGCCUACAGCUCCCCCCUCUACAGCGACCAGCUCUGCGUCAAGGACCAGCUCUCGGACAACAGGAGCGACCCCGUGUUCGAGACGCUGCGGACGGGCGUCAUCAUGGCCAACAAGGAGCGCAAGAAGGGGCAGGACGACAAGAAGAACCCCUUGGCUGCGAUGAUGGACGAGGAGCCGGAGGCCACGAAGCCGGCGGGGAGCAAAGCCGAGGGCGGUGCCUCCGAAGGGGACAAGAAGGCUGAGAAGAGCCCGACAGAUGACAAGAACAAGAAGCCGCAGCCGGGGGCGUUCCUGCAGUCCCACUAUUUCGUGGCACUUUAUCGCUUCAAAGCCCUGGAGAAGGACGACCUGGACUUCCCGCCGGGGGAGAAGAUCACGGUGGUCGAUGACUCCAACGAGGAGUGGUGGCGGGGGAAGAUCGGUGAGAAAGUCGGGUUUUUCCCCCCCAACUUCAUCAUCCGGGUGCGGGCGGGCGAGCGGGUGCACAAAGUGACCCGGUCCUUCGUGGGCAACCGCGAGAUCGGGCAGAUCACGCUCAAGAAGGAUCAGAUCGUGGUGCAGAAGGGGGAGGAGGUGAACGGUUACGUCAAAGUCUUCACCGGCCGCAAAGUGGGGCUGUUCCCUGUGGACUUCCUGGAGGAGAUCUGAGGGGGCUGCGGGGGGGGAGACCCCCGGCAUGGGGACGGGGGGGCCCCCAG